AGCGCCAAUGUUAAAACAGGUUUAACACGUACUGCCUCCACCUUUUCGUUAGUUUCUUAUAUUACUUUCACUGGCAGAGUAUCUCAGUUUAUGUCGAUUCGUCUAUACGAAAGUGUCGACUCAUAGCAGCCAGGAUGAGAAAUCUAAUGAUCGCAAUCGUUCUGAUUAGCCCCUGCCUGGGGGACGUAUCGCAUCUUUUGUCAGAAUAUUCUACGACGACUACAACUACUCCACCACCGCCUCCUAGACCUUACAGUUUUCAAUACCAGGCGGGACGAUAUCCUGGAAACAUUGAUCGUGUUCAUCAAGAGAGUGGAGAUGGCGCUGGACAUGUUCAAGGUUCUUAUUCCUUCAUCGAUCCCAAGCAUAAAAUACGAACAGUUCAAUAUGUUGCUGAUGAAAGUGGAUUUCACGCAUCUUUAAUAAAUUAUGAAGAUACUAUCGCUCAACCUAUCGAUUCUGAAGCUGUGAGACUCGCAAAGGAAAGACAUUUUCGAUUAUACCAGAAAAUUGCCGAGUCAAAUGCUCAUGGAGUCCCAGUCAAUCUACCACGGGAUUCGGCGAGUGUGGGGAGAGCAAAGGACAGACAUAUUCAACUCUACCAGAAGAUAGCCGAGGAACAUGCAGCAAUUGCAAAUCAAAGAGAGGCAGCACGACUAGCUUACGAAGCUACUUCUGUAGUAAACGAUGUAAAUCCUGACCAUGCGUAUUAAACUUAUUAUACUUGUUGACGAAAAUUUAAAAACACGAUGGCAUCGAGUAUUACUUUAAAUGAUCACUUUUAAUGCUAUUACGAAAAAUUAUGAAAAAUGAAAGUUCAUUUAAUAUUGAAGAAUGAACUUAAUACUCAAGAAUCUAGAUUUAAGAUUUAAUGUACAGUCUAUUUAAUCUAAUUAAAUUACAAAUUUUAACCGCUCAAUAAUAAUGUAUGUUUAUCAUUAUGUAUGUUCUGCAUCUCAGAUAAUAUGAAUGAAAUCUUAAUAAUUCAAUGUAUUUAUAGAUUUUGUUGGGAAUAACGUUAAUCUCAUAUGUUUUAAUUUGUUAACAUUUGUUAUUGUAACAUUAGAUCAAUUACAAUUAAAAUACGAAUACCUCUA